AGGGAUCAUCCGAUUCAUUUCUCUGAUGGAUUGGCUGCAGAAACGAAGUAUAAUACCACAUUCUUUUCAUGGUGCCUAAUACCGACCGGGCCUGGAGGCUGCAGGAAUGCCAAGUAGUGUCGAAAAAUUUCUGCUCGAAAGUCAUGUAAUAUUUACUGAAAUCUUAUCAGACCCGAACGCCUGAAUUUGAAAUGAGCCAAUAUAGACAUACAAAGGAAGUCUUAGUUUGCACCAUGUCGUAAUUUCCGUGUAAUAAGAUAUCCUCGAUUGGGGUGUAUGCAACUCAAACUGAGACUAAACACACAAAGCAACAUGUUGUAAUAUUUCGUCUACAAUUUCGGACGGUCAAAUUCUGCAGCUUCUGCUGGGUAAAUCACAAAUUGAAGCGAUAUGUGAAUACGAAACAAAGUGUAGAUUCAGACGAGGAAGUUGAAAACAAGAUGUAAACAGAAAAUGACUUCAUACGAAACCGGAUAUGACGAUGAGCGAUUCCAACAUCCAGUUGGUCAGAGUUUUCACUGUGGCAUUUGUUACAAUGUCAUCAAAGAUCCAGUCAUGUGUCGACAUAAUGAACACAUGUUUUGUAGAGGUUGCAUCACCAGACAUCUCAUGAACUCUCAGACAUGUCCCACAUGUAUUGAGCCACUUACUGUUGACACCUUGACUCGAGCAUCGCGUACCGUAACCAAUCUACUGUCGGAAUUAAAGAUUCGAUGUGAAUUCUUCAAUCGUGGUUGUGAAAGUUUUGUCCAGCUAGGAGAGCUUGAAAGGCAUGUUGUGGACUGUGGGUUUGCCCCAGCAGUCUGCUCGAAUGAAGGCUGUGGUCAGGAAGUCGAUAAGCAAGAUUUAUUGCAUCAUGAAACGGUCGUGUGUGAAUUUCGCCGUGUGAAAUGUCACAGCUGCAAUGAACUUAGCCAAGAGAUGGAUAUAGUUAAGAAAAACUUGGCUGUGAUGAACCUAAAGUUAAAUGAAGUCAGUGAAACCUUGAAACAAAAUGACAUGAAGUUGGAUAGAAAUGAGAAACGUGUGCUGGUGAAUGUUGAGGUGGUUCAAAAGCAACUUAUGGAACAGGAAGAAAGCAAUCGUCGGUUGGAAGCGGACAAUGUAGAAAUAAAGAAGGGUUUAGAGAAAGUGACACAACAAUUGGAAAGAUUGACACAGCAGCGGAAAGACAUGACGAAAAGUUCUUCAGAAGCUGUUGAACCGGACAGAGAGGCGAGGAUUAUCGUUGCUGGGGGAUAUAAUGGUGAGAGUUUAAAUUCUGUGGAAAUGUUCAGCUACUCAAAUGCAAAGUGGUUACCACUACAACCAAUGAAACAGCCCCGUAAUUUCGCAUCCUCUGUCGUUUACAACAAUCAAAUGCUUGUCAGUGGAGGUUUUAGCAAUGGUAAGGCAGUAAAGUCGACGGAGAAAUUAACGUUGAAAGAUGUCCAUGUAAACCAGUCCAUAUUUUGGGAAGAUGACCCUGCAGUGUUACGCGGGCCCUUGUAUGGACACUCCAGUGUUGUGUAUAAUGGGCGGUUGAUAGUCAUUGGAGGUUAUGAUGGAACUGCAUUUACACCUGCUAACAUUACUGAGAUAACUCUUGUUCCUCCUUAUACCAGUAAAGUGUUGGCUACCCUGCCAGAGAGUAGAUGGCAACAUGGGGCUAUCUUUGACACCCUUGCUGAAAUCGGCGAAGAUGACGAUUAUGAUUCCGCCAUCGCUGCCCUUGAUACGUAUUUUUCACCUCAAAAACACGUCGAUUUUGAAAUCUUUAAGUUUCGUGAAGCCAAACAACAACCCAUGAAACCAUAG